CGGGGAAGGAGCGGGGGGGGGGGGAGGAGGGGGCGCGAGACUACGUCUUUUACGCGCCCUCCGCCCACGCGUUCCCUUCCCUCACUCCGAGUGGUCUCGCCGGGGUGUCGCCACCGCCGCCUCCCUGCUCCCGUUUCCCUCAGUUCUUGGGUCCAGCCCGGUCCGUGAGAAAAGCCCUUCCUUCUCCGCUCUUGGUGCCGUGGGAGCGGCCUGGGUCUUCCUCGGCCUUGUCGCCGAUAUGGGACGGGUCUUUGCUUCUUCCCCUCUCAGCGCCCGCCCGCGGGGGCUUAUCCGGAUCCAGGGGCUGGUGGGUGACUCCGGGUGACCCAGUCCAGAAGGUGGCCUGGUUGUUGCUUAGGCCCCGGAAAGUUUUCCGGUGUCUCACGAGGGGUCGUUUUGUUGGAUGAACCACUUUAGCCCCGACUCUCCCGGGUCUUCACGAACCUCUGCCUCCUUGGGUGGUUGGAAGGCUCCGCUGUCCUCAAUGUUCAAAGUAAGGAAAAGUUUAGGAUUAAGCCUUGGUAUGUAUACCAAUGGGUCCCACUCCCCCCCUUUUCAUCAGCGCACGUGGGGUUUCAUAGGGUUAUGUCAACAAAAAAAGUCAGACUCCUGCCCUGAAGAGCUUUGCAUGAUAAUAGCUGGGAUAUUUAUUAUUUUUGUUAUUUGUCGAAUUUAUACCGCUCCAUAAGCAGCCCUGGGCAGCAAUCGAGGAUAGGCAGUAGAGAAAGAUGAUGAGGGAGAGAUGGAAGAAGCAGUGAAAACCGAGGACACGUGUGAGCAAAUUGGUUUUAAGACAGACAUACUGUAAAGACAUAUUGCUUGGGAAUAAGGAUUAAGAGGUCUUGAACACAUCCAGCCCUGACAUCAGCACCUGGCACACACAGGCGGCUGCCAGGACCCAUGCAGUCAAGUGGGGCGGACUGGCGGCAACUCCUACUGUCUUUGAGUGUGUUUUCCCUCCCACACUGGACACUAUUUAGUAGACCUUCUCAAGUAGUGUUAGCAGUAGUUGGAUUCUCUAACCCCCCCCCCCCGUGUUGCUAUUCAGCUUUUGACUUGUGACCUUAACCAGGUUGCGCUUCCCAAUGGAUGUAGUAGCUCCCAUUUUUUUAAACAUUCUACUGUAUGUGCAAAUGCUGUGCAGCGUAUAAUGUAGUGAUAACCCCGCUGGGUGCUCUGUAGCAUUAAGGUUUCUGGCCGCUCACUUCCUAUAGGAAUUGCACUUCCUCUGAGUAAGGUCAUGGGGGGUUAUAAUCAUUGUACAACCAGCUAAAAUGGGAGGUAUAUGGUGGUUGUAACACCAGUGGCACCGUCAUGAAGGCCAGGGGAGCCUUUUGGCUGCACUAUGCUGCUGUGCUGAGGACUUGCUGAAGCUUGGAGCUGGCCUUGAAAGUAUCUGGAAUGAGUUUGAAGGAAGAGAGAAAGAAGUGAAUUCUAGGCAUAUGUGAAAACAGGAGAGAAUGGACAGCUGCUUAAGAACUGGUUAAACUGAAUAGCUCUCUACUACGGCUUCUCCUAAGAAGAUCCUCACAAAGCUGUGAGGCUGGAAUAUAUUUAUAAACACAGAACGUUGUUCACUUUGAACUCUUAAGCUUUGUGCCUUAUCCAGAUUGACUUUGGGAAUCGGAAACUUGAAUCAAUGUUAUCGGAUGAGUUAGAGUCUAAACCAGAGCUGCUGGUUCAAUUUGUUCAGAACACAUCUAUUCCACUAGGACAGGAGCUUGUGGAAUCAGAACCUAAAGAUAUAACCUGUUUGUCUCUCCUUCCUGUUACUGAACCCCAAGAAUGCAACAGACUGAUGUUGCCAGAUGACUCUCCAGGUCAUACUAGCUCCUCAAAGGAUGUCUCCUCUUCUGCUGUUUUGCGAAGCCUCCAGGUGAACGUUGGCCCUGAUGGUGAGGAGACAAGGGCACAAACAGUACAGAAACCACCUGAGCUUCUGCCAAGCCCUGAUACUUCUAGCUUAUUGCAAGACCUCCAACCCACUGAUAGCACUUCUUUUAUCCUUCUCAAUUUAACACGAACAGGCCUAGGUUCUCCCUCAGAGCACUUGGUGUUUGUCCAAGAUGAAGCAGAAGAUUCUGGGAAUGAUUUCUUCUCGAAUGAUAGCACCGACAGCAGUACCCCAUGGUUUUUGCGAGUGCAGGAACUGGCUCAUGACAGUUUGAUUGCUGCCACUCGAGCACAGCUCGCAAAGAAUGCCAAAGCAAGCAAUAAUGGUGAAAAUGUUCAUGUUUGCUCAGGAGACCCUCAACCGAAAGAAUCCAGCCCUAUCCCUCAUUUGCCUCGGGUGGAGAAAAAGUUGAAAUGUACAGUUGAGGGCUGUGACAGGACAUUUGUGUGGCCGGCCCACUUCAAAUACCACUUAAAGACUCACAGGAAUGACCGUUCCUUCAUUUGUCCAGCAAAAGAUUGUGGGAAAAGCUUCUAUGUCCUGCAGAGGCUGAAGGUGCACAUGAGAACGCACAAUGGUGAGAAACCAUUCAUCUGCACUGAGCUAGGUUGUGGGAAGCAGUUCACGACAGCUGGGAACCUGAAGAAUCACCUGCGGAUUCAUACUGGGGAAAAGCCCUUCUUAUGUGAGGCUCAGGGCUGUGGUCGCUCCUUUGCUGAAUACUCCAGCCUUCGGAAACACCUAGUUGUCCAUUCAGGAGUAAAGCCCCACCAGUGUCAAAUCUGUGGGAAGACAUUUUCUCAGAGUGGUAGUAGGAAUGUACACAUGAAGAAACAUCAUUCCAGAGUUGGAACAGAUAGCAACAGACAACAUGAACAAACAGAGUCAUUGAUGGGCAGUAGUUUGUUGGAAGAAUCUGAAGUGCACAGUAAGAAUCUGGUGCCCAUGAGCUCACCUCCCAGCCUUGGUGUAGAAUCCUUGCACUUGCCAGACACGGAAUCAAUUAUUGGUGUAAAGGAAGAGGUUCUUGCUGAAGCAGCAACAAACUCUCUCCAUGCUGCAUCUGAUGUGGUUUUGCCAUCUCAUCACCUGAUGCCCAUGUCAACAUCAAGACACUCCUAUGGGGUGUCAUCUUUACUACAGUAAAUCUACAGUUACAAAAGGAAGAGCAAAUGAAUGAAGUAUUCAACACAAGAUAUGAAGCUAAAGAAGAGGCUUGUGUGAAGAUGGGCUCAAGAAACCAUGUGGUACUUGAAUCCCCAGAGCUUAUGCUGUGCCUCUAGUGUACUUAUUGUGACCUGUCAGACCAGAGGCCUGGAAUAUGGUUCGCUUCAAUCACUGAAACCUCUGAAGAAGGGCUUCAGGAGCUUUUACUAAUGUCUGAACAGGGUACUGUUCCUGUUGAACCUGGCACCCCAAAGGCGAGGAGGUAAUGCUCUUGGAACUAGUUUCUAGCCACUUUUUUCUCUCCUGAAGCUGACCAUAAGCUCAGCAUUAUAUUGACUCGUUCUUCUUGGAGGAGUAUCUUUAGAUGGUAGUGAAUUCUGCAACAAGGCACUGCAGUUCUGUUCUUGCUUCUGAAUUAUCAGGUGGUUUGUGGUUUCUCUUUGAGCUAGAUCUUCCAGAUCUCCUUGCUUGGUGCGGAUACACUCUCUAAUCUGGUUUCUGCUCCAAACUGAAGACGUGAUGUUGUUCAGAGGAUUGCCUCAGACACCCUUGCUUCUUGCUGUGAUUUUAAUUUCUAAUUAUUAGGGCUUAAUUUAAAAAAUCAGAGGUAGAAUCUAUUCAGUAUUCUUCAGUUGUAAAUAAACUAUCUACUUCCAACUCCUGAUAUUUAUGUAUUUUGUGUUUUUCUUAAUUCAUAACUUUGCCUAUUCAAAGAUGCUCAUGGGUAGUACCUUAAAGCCAAGUACCAAGCAGUUAUAUGUAAUACAAAACCCUAUUACUAUAUAUGUAAAACAAUUAAACAGAAAAAAUAGAACAAAAAUGAGCAAGAAUGUUCUCACUGGCCACUGUACCGACAGCACUGUUGCUGAAACGUCUCAUAUAGCUUCCUUCAACUUUAAAUUUUUUGGGGGGGGGGGUCACCUUUCUACAUUAUAGUUUAAAGGCCAUAUAUUUUUGUGAACAUAUAAAAAGGUGAAAACAAUGAAUCUUGUAAUGCCUUUAAGGUCAAGCACAUUUAUUAUAG